CAAAUGUCAAAAUAAGAGACCGAUCCAUUCGCUUAUAUAGAUAGGUGUUUAUUUCAGUAAUUUUUGUUGAGAAUUUAGCAUAUUAAUCAGCAAAAUUUAUUUUGUGAGAAUAAUCGGAGCCAUCUUAAUAAUGGCAGACAUCGGCGGAGAACCCAAACCUAAAAUAUCUGAUCUGGAACACGAUUUGGAAGUUCAGGCCUUUAAUGAAUUUCAAAAAGCUGACUACCCGUCGUGCCUACAAACUCUACAUAAACUACAAAAGUCACAGGAAUCCAACCCGAAGGUCAUUCACAACCGGGCCGUUGCUGAAUUUUACAUAAGUGAUCUGCGCCGAUAUGAUCAAUUUAGGAAAACAAUGGCACAAAUAACGGAAUUGGUUGGCGAGAUUCAAUCAGUGGAUGUUAAGCAUCCUGAACUUGCGGCGGCUUAUGUGAAUCAGGCAAUGGUGCUGUACCACUUUAAGCAACCGCUCGCUGCCCUGAAGAUAAUGCUAGCGGUUAUGAAUCAUUUCGAUCAACUGGACGAUUAUCUACUACGAAAGGCGGGGAUUUUUACCGUCCAUUUACUAUUGGACACAAACCAGCCCCGAAAAGCAAAUGGUUUGCUUGGAAUGUUGCAGGCUCGACUGAAUAUUCGAGUGCAAGAAAUUUUGAACUCGGAUGACGAAGAUGAGCGACCAGUUGAUAAUGAAAGCAGGAAGGAUAUAUCGGAGAUUCAGUUUGAAGAAUUUCGGAAGGAGUUCCGACUGAUACUGAUAAGGUCAAAUUUGUUGAAUGGAAAGAAAAAUUUUCUGAUUCCCGGUGAGGACACUUCCGAGUAUUCGGUACUGAAGGGGCAUCAAUAUUAUUUGGGAAACGAUUACCAGAUGGCUGCGAAGGAGCUUUCAAAACGGUUUGUCAACGAUCCGAUCCAGGUUCAGGUUCACGGCGAAGAUCAAAAUACGUGUUUGGCCAACAACAUGGGUUUAAUUCAUUUCGCUGUUAAACAUUAUGCCUUAGCUGCUAGAUUCUUUCAGCAGGCUUUACUGUUCGAUCAGGCUGCCACGAAUAAAAGUUCUACGGAAAAAGUUGAAGGAUCUCCGUUGUAUUGUGUCGGUGCUACCAAACGGCCGGAAAUUUUCUAUAAUCACGGAAUAACGUUGCUCUACUUGCAAAGACCAAGCGAAGCAUUCGAGUGUCUGUUGGUAGUUCUGAAUUCGUACCACAACAAUCCAAGAUUGUGGUUGCGAUUGGCAGAAUGUUGCAUAAUGGUCCAUCAGCAGGAUCAGAAAGAGCAAAAUAAGAAUCCGCUUACUGUGUUUCUGCGCCGUAAAUAUUUUCAGAAGCGGCCAUUCAACAGUGAAGAACAAUCGACAGCGAUUCCAAGUACUACUCUGGAAUUUGCAUCGCUUUGUCUGAGAAAUGCAGUAACUCUUAUUGAAUACCAUACGAGAGAACUGGCCAAACAAACGGAAAUGUCAGAUAAACCUGUUUCGUGGGAUAAAUUGUACGAAGGAGCUCCUUGCAAUCCAUGUAAGCCACUGAAGCCAGCAAAUCUGGAAAAACUACGAAUCGCUACUUUCAGCGCCUACAGUUAUGUACUACUUAGCCUGGGAGAAUUCACGCUGGCUCUUAAAUACGCCCAACAAAUGCUUGCAAUCAAUGAACUUCCGGAAACAUAUCACACACUGGGCUCGCUGUACAGUGCGGAAGCCCUCGUUAUGUUGAAUCGCAUUCCGGAAGCGUUGGUCUAUCUGGACCCGAAACGAAUGAAGGAUUUCACUGGCGAGGACUUUUCCACUCGCGGAUCGCCUAAUUGGAGUAUGAAUUCACUUGAGGCGGCUCAAUCGGUGAUGCACUACAAUCUGGCCGUGACACUGUUCAGUCUUGGCGAUUAUGAGAAGGCUAAGGCGUACAUGAAUGCAUGCAGCCAUCCCGCGGUUUUGCCCUACCUGAAGAUGCUAAAAAUGUACUGCGAGCUGGUGCUAGGGAAUGUGGAGAAGGCCAAGCUUAUGGCACGGUACGAUAUGCCGCAUUUGGUGUAAACUCGGUUAGAUAUAUAGUGAGA